AUGGAUCGAGACUACAAAGCAGUGGAUCCAGGCAACAAACCAGUGUAUCCAGGCAACAAACCAGUGGAUCCAGACAACAAAAAAGUGGAUCCAGGCAAGAAACAAGUUGAUCCAGGCAACAAACCAGUGGAUCCAGGCAACAAACCAGUGGAUCCAGGCAACAAACAAGUGAAUCCAGGCAACAAUCCAGUGGAUCGAGACAACAAGCAAGUGGAUCCAGGCAACAAACAAGUGGAUCGAGGCAAGAAACCAGUGGUUCCAGGCAACAAACCAGUGGGUCCAGGCAACAAACCAAUGGAUCCAGACAACAACCCAGUGGAUCGAGACAACAAACAAGUGGAUCCAGGCAACAAAAAAGUGAAUCCAGGCAACAAACAAGUGAAUCGAGACAACAAACCAGUGGAUCCAGGCAACAAACAAGUGAAUCCAGGCAACAAUCCAGUGGAUCGAGACAACAAACCAGUGGAUCCAGGCAACAAACCAGUGAAUCGAGACAACAAACCAGUGGAUCUAGGCAUCAAACCAGUGGAUCCAGACAGCAAACCAGUGGAUCGAGACAACAAACCAGUGAAUCGAGACAACAAACCAGUGGAUCUAGGCAUCAAACCAGUGGAUCCAGACAGCAAACCAGUGGAUCGAGACAACAAACCAGUGGACCGAGACAACAAACCAGUGGAUCCAGGCAACAAAGCAGUGGAUCGAGACAACAAACCAGUGGAUCGAGACAUCAAGCCAGUGGAUCCAGGCAACAAACAAGUGGAUCCAGGCAACAAACAAGUGAAUCCAGGCAACAAACCAGUAGAUCGAGACAACAAACCAGUUGAUCCAGGCAACAAACCAGUGAAUCGAGACAACAAUCCAGUGGAUCCAGGCAACAAACCAGUGGAUCUAGGCAACAAACCAGUGGAUCGACACAACAAACCAGUGGAUCUAGGCAACAAACCAGUGGGUCCAGACAACAAACCAGUGGAUCGAGACAACAAACAAGUGGAUCCAGGCAACAAACAAGUGAAUCCAGGCAACAAACAAGUGAAUCGAGACAACAAACCAGUGGAUCCAGGCAACAAACAAGUGAAUCCAGGCAACAAUCCAGUGGAUCGAGACAACAAACCAGUGGAUCCAGGCAACAAACCAGUGAAUCGAGACAACAAACCAGUGGAUCUAGGCAUCAAACCAGUGGAUCCAGACAGCAAACCAGUGGAUCGAGACAACAAACCAGUGGAUCGAGACAACAAACCAGUGGAUCCAGGCAACAAAGCAGUGGAUCGAGACAACAAACCAGUGGAUCGAGACAUCAAGCCAGUGGAUCCAGGCAACAAACAAGUGGAUCCAGGCAACAAACAAGUGGAUCGAGACAACAAACCAGUGGAUCUAGACAACAAACCAGUGGAUCUAGGCAACAAACAAGUGAAUCGAGACAACAAUCCAGUGGAUCCAGGCAACAAACCAGUGGAUCUAGGCAACAAACCAGUGGAUCGACACAACAAACCAGUGGAUCCAGGCAACAAACCAGUGGGUCCAGGCAACAAACAAGUGGAUCCAGGCAACAAACAAGUGAAUCCAGGCAACAAACCAGUGGAUCUAGACAACAAACCAGUGGAUCCAGGCAACAAACAAGUGAAUCCAGGCAACAAUCCAGUGGAUCGACACAACAAACCAGUGGAUCCAGGCAAGAAACCAGUGGAUCGAGACAACAAACAAGUGGAUCCAGGCAACAAACAAGUGAAUUCAGGCAACAAUCCAGUGGAUGGAGACAACAAAGCAGUGGAUCCAGGGAACAAACCAGUGGAUCGAGACAACAAACCAGUGGAUCCAGGCAACAAACAAGUGGAUCGAGACAACAAACCAGUGGAUGGAGACAACAAACCAGUGGAUCCAGGCAACAAACAAGUGAAUCCAGGCAACAAUCAAGAACAACGUACUGUUGCCGUGGACAAUGUUAUUGGCAUGUGGCUUGGCCAGCUUGUAGAUUGUUAG